AUGUCCCAUUCUACAAUUAAACUCUUAGAGCCAAUCGUAGUUAAUCGCAUCGCAGCUGGAGAGGCAAGCCUGCCAAGGAUUUCUUGUGCUGCUGUGAUCAUCCGGCCAUCACAUGUGGUUAAAGAAUUGAUUGAAAAUGCCAUGGAUGCAAAUUCUAGUCAGAUCGAUUGUGUUGUCAAAGAAGGAGGGAUUAAAUUGAUCCAAAUUAAAGACAAUGGAGACGGUAUUCAUCAAAAUGAUUUGAUAAUUGCCUGUAAAUCCCACACAACCAGCAAGUUACAUGAACUAGAAGACUUGAAGAAUAUGACAACCUAUGGAUUUCGUGGAGAGGCACUUGCGAGUAUCUCCCAUGUAUCUCAUGUUACUUUACAAUCAAAGACAUCAGAUUCAAUAUGUGCUUACAGAGCGGCCUACAACAAUGGUCAGAUAACAUCUAAGGCUCCUCAUCCUUGUGCAGGAAACAAAGGGACAGUGGUGGGAGUUGAAGACUUGUUUUACAAUGUACCUCUGAAGAGAAAGACUUUGCGUACACCUCGCGAAGAAUACGAGCAAAUAGUGUCUGUCAUGCGGGAAUAUGCAGUUCAUCACCACUCUAUUUCAUUCACAUGUAAAAAGCUUGACUCAAAUACAUUUGAUAUCAAAACAACCGGAAAGGAUCUAAAAGGAGCAAUACUACAGUUAUAUGGUAGCUUUGUCUUCACUUCCUUGCUAUUCAUCCCAAAGACAACUACAGAAGCAUGUUGUUUCGAAACAUUUGUUACAAAUCCUAGUUAUGGGGAUGCCAAAUCAACCAAGCUCCUCCUGUUUGUCAAUCAUCGAGCGGUCGAGAAUAGAGCUAUGAAAAAGUCUAUCGAGAAAAUGUAUUCCCAGUAUAUACCACAAAAUAUGCAUCCCUUUGUUUAUAUUUCAAUAGAUGUAUCAUUUCUGAGCCAAGAUAAAGUGAUCGAUACAAUAAGUACUAUGAUUGAGGAAGAGCUGGCAAAAUGGAAGGAUGAUACAGCCAAAACGACAGUGAAUCCUCAAACAGUACCCAUAGUGGGGGUAGUGGCUGAUAGAAUAACAAUUCCUCCUGUAAAAGUACCCAGCUGCCAAGGAACUCUGGACAGGUUCCUUGUAAAAACGCCAUCCGAAGUAACUAAUUCACCCAAAGAUCCUUUGGCAACCAAGCGGCCUUUGGUUUCAAAAAGAUCGAUGGAUAUACAGACCUACUGUAUUCCGCAGCGUAGCCAGUCUCAAAAUCAGCCGUCUCGUAACCCUGGGGCUGUUCCUUUUCCAGAAAGACAACCCAAGGCCAAAAGACAGAGUGUACAGGCCAAUACAUCUCCACUAGUUUCGAGUCUAGAAAGCAUCCAAGAAUUACAGAAGGAUGUGAUCCAUGUAGAAGAUAUAGAUCUUACUGACUUGAUUUCGCACCACAACUUUGUGAACAUCGUGGAUGAUUCAUUGGCUAUUGUAGAGCACAAUAAAUUGCUUUACACGAUCAACUAUAAUGUACUAGGUGAAGAAAUGUUUUAUCAAAAGGUUCUGAAUGGGUGUGAAUCUUUUGGACGUAUAUUGCUAGACCCUCCAGUCUCGAUCUGCGAGUGUCUAAAUAUUACAUCCGGAAAAGAAGAGGAACCGUCACUUGUUCCCACUGGAAAUGGACAAAUAGAGUCUCUUUUAUCAAAACAUGCAGAAAUGCUAAAGACAUGCUUUUCUAUCACUGUGGUGCAAGGACACCUUAUAAGUUUGCCAGUGCUAAUAAGGGACUAUGCACCUGAUAUGAAUAAGUUACCAGACUUUCUGCUUCAUUUCACGCAAAUAGCAUGGGAGGUAGAAAAGGAAUGUAUAGAUGAUAUUGCUAGAGAAUUAGCACUACUGUAUACUCCUCCUACUUGGCUUGAUCCUUUUGUGGGAGAUCCUGAGUGGGAAUCCAAGGUACAAUACAUCUUACUACCAGCAAUGAAGACCAAUUUCAGGGUACCAAAGUAUCUCAAUCAACGCUAUAUCCAAUCCCUUGUCAGUAUUACUGACAUUCAACAAGCCUUUUCUUAA